UCGUAGCGGCCCUUUCUCUCUGCAGCACCUCGUCCGGAGGCGGCGGCACGCGAGCAGCAGGGAGCGCGGGAGCUGGCGGCCUGGAGGAUGAAGUGCAAACCCAACCAGACGCGCACCUAUGACCCGGAGGGCUUCAAGAAGCGGGCGGCAUGCCUGUGCUUCCGAAGCGAGUGCGAGGACGAGGUGCUGCUAGUGAGUAGCAGCCGGUACCCGGACCGCUGGAUCGUGCCGGGCGGGGGCAUGGAGCCCGAGGAAGAGCCGAGUGGCGCGGCUGUCCGAGAGGUGUACGAGGAGGCUGGAGUCAAGGGGAAGUUAGGCCGGCUCCUGGGCGUCUUCGAGCAGAACCAAGAUCGCAAGCACAGGACGUACGUGUAUGUCCUGACUGUCACUGAGAUUCUGGAGGAUUGGGAAGAUUCGGUGAGCAUUGGGAGGAAGCGAGAGUGGUUCAAAGUCGAAGAUGCCAUCAAGGUCCUCCAGUGCCACAAGCCUGUGCAUGCCGAAUACCUGGAGAAACUAAAGCAGGGCGGUUCCCCCACCAAUGGAAACUCCGUGGCCCCGUCCGUGCCCGGGAGCGACCCCUAAUAAACAGCAAGAUCUUCAGGAUUGCUCUGAAAGAAUCAUUAAUGUGAACCAUUGAUCAAUGGAACUGUCAAGUACAGGUGACCACUUCCAUAUUUCCUCGAAGACAGCUCAUCUGAGUUUCCUCCUACAUCUUGGGACAGCCCUUUCCUGUCUAUUCUACUGACUCCUCUUGCCUUGGUUAUUAUACUGUGUACGUGAACAGACUUUUUAAUUCAGCACCUAUAGCCUUUUGUUGUGCUUUUUGAUGGCUCUGCCUUCUCCAUUAGUCUAUGAUAUCCUUGAGAGGAAGGACCACAUUUCCUUACUCUGCAUAUUCUGAAUCUGAGACACUACUUGAAAUAUAGUUGACAUCACUGAAGGUUUUUUGAUUUAAUUCAUAUUUUGUCAUCAUUGUGGCAAAAUAUUCCCCUUCCACUUUGGUGCUAGUAGAAUAUAAAUGCUGGCUAGGCACCAUGUGUGUGGCUUUUUUGUAUCAGGUGUUUCAGAAACUUUUCAAGGCAGUAAAAAGAUGUUGAAGGACAAGGAUCACUACUCAUAUUUCUCUGUCAUACCACACAGUGGCUGGCACAGUGUUAAGAUUACCCCAUACUUAGGGCAACAUUUUGUAGACUCAGUCCUUUGUGUAACAACUUCAGUGUUUUUGUACUGUUGCUAAUUUGCUUAAAAUUUUAUUCAAAAAUCACUUGCUAUAAAACUAACUGUAAAAGUAAAUGCAAUGAACAGAAGCUAAUAUUGCGAGCUUUUAUAAAAAUAAAUUUUAAAAUGAUAUGCAAAUAAUAAAUUUGAUAUGUUUGCAAUGUUCUAACCACUUCUUUCAUGUAAUCUUAACAUCUCUUUGAAGAAAAGAUUGUUUUUCUCAUUUUAAAGAUCCAGUAUACUGUAUUAUUUGAUGCCAGGGCCAACAAAGACCGCAGUAUAGGCAGUUUCCAAAGUUAAUUAUGCCUCUUAGUUUGCCUAGGGCUUUUUUUUUUUUUGCAUCUCUCACUGAUUCAGUUGGCCAUGUUUUUUAUUUCCUUUUCCAGUACACACUACUAGCUCUUCAUCCCACCUGGUUUCUGCAUGUGGGAAUGCAGAUGACUGAGUGACAGUUAAAUUGUUGUCGCUUGGAAAAGGCACUGGGGGGAAAAACUUCUGUGAAUGGGGAACAGAAAAUGAAAUAUUUAGAAAGAGAUGACUUGGGUCAGCUGCUUCCAGGAGAGCAACUUUGAGAAAAUGAUAAAGAUGUUUAGAAGAAUUUUUAUGGAGUUUUGCCAUGGGGUUUAUGAUGUCAGCAGUCUUCCCCAGCUCCCUCCAAAGGCCCCAGAGUGGCUUUCUUUUACAUUGUAAUGCAAUUACAUGGGAAAAAACUUGGGCUUCAUUUCAGUGUUACACCAUUCCUCAUGGUACCAGUGAAAUAUAUUGAUUGUUCCCCACAGUCCUUGCAGGUUUUUACAUAAAAACACAUGUCCCCAAUUUAUUGUUUUUUUGUAGAUGUAAAAAUGGUACUGCAGUUAUGUUUUUAUUUUAAAUACUUACCUUUUAGAGAAAUGUACUGUAAAUUUUACAGAUAACCUGAGAUACUGUUGGUAUUUGAUUCAAAAUAAUCUGAAGGUGGCAUAGUUGAGGGUAUAGGCGAAACUAGAUUGGCUAUAAACUGAUAAU